AAAAAAAAAAAUAAUAAUAAUAAUAAUAAUAAAAACUCUCUCUUCGAGGCCAUUGACCGCCGAUCACCACCGCCAGUCCUCCAGCGGAGUAAAUCCCCGGCACCAGCAACCCACGUGGCGGCGCACAGUAGCUUUUUAACCCCACCACACUUGAUCCUCCUCCAUCCACAACAAACUUGGCAGGAAAACGAAGCACAUUCUGGGAAUUCGAUUCCAUCCCGAAAAAUGGAUUAUCCCAUUCCUUGUUUUCCCAAACAAACCCAUCAAAGUGUGGUAAGAAUAACUAUAGAUAAAAACCACUAUUGCUCUUCAAAUGCCAAUUUGUAAUCUCUCUCUCCGCUGAAUCCGAUUCCGAUUAUUCGCCAGAGAUUCCUCUUUCUCUCUCUCUCUUUAAACCCAUCUCCAAACAUGCCUAUUUAAGUCCAAAGAUGCGAAUUCCCAAGAGACCUACCGUCUCCUUUUGUCUCUCUCUCUUCUCUCCUCCUCCCAAUUCCGAAUUCCUUUGCUAUCGUCUCUCUUCCAAAACUUCUAUUCCACUUUCACCCAAAACAACAAGGCCUAUUCAUACCCAAGGAGCUAAUCAGUUGCGUGCUAAUUAUAGAAUGGAUGGGGCUGGUGUAGAUGACAAAACAUCACUGUUUCAGAGUGUGACCUUCAGUGAUGGUGUUCAGGAACCAUGUAUUUGGUCAUCUCCCGGAGGGAUUCAUAAAAUCAAUAUAGGGAAACGGAUAUUCUGCAAUAGAUCUUUGAAUAUGACAAGUAUUGUUGCGGUUGGUUUUGACAUGGAUUAUACUUUGGCUCAAUACAAACCUGAAACUUUUGAGUCUCUUGCAUAUGAAGGCACUAUCAGAAAGCUGGUGUAUGAUUUGGGAUACCCUCCAAUGUUGUUGGAGUGGACUUUUGAUUGGAAGUACAUGGUCAGAGGUUUGGUUCUUGACAAAAAGAGAGGCAACAUAUUGAAGAUGGAUAGACACAAAUAUGUGAAAGUAGCAUACCAUGGAUUUAGGGAAUUGUCAAAGGAAGAUAAAGUUGCAACAUAUGGAAGUACUUUGAUACGGGAUGCAUUUGAUGAACCUGAUUAUGCACUCAUUGAUACCCUUUUUUCACUGGCUGAAGCCUACUUAUUUGCUCAACUUGUUGAUUUCAAGGAUAAUAAUCCUGGGAAAAUUCCCGGGGAUGCAGGCUACUCUCGAAUGUACAAAGAUGUUAGAGCUGCAGUGGACUUGUGCCAUCGUGAUGGAACUUUGAAACAAAUGGUUGCAAAAGAUCCUAAACGGUAUAUUAACGAGGAUACCUCAAUAGUUCCCAUGCUCAAAAUGCUCAGAGAUUCUGGCCGUUCUACAUUUCUGGUGACAAAUAGUCUAUGGGACUACACAAACAUCGUAAUGAAUUUUCUCUGUGGACCCCAAACAUUGGGUAGUUGUUCCAUUUUGAAUUUUGAGUGGCUCCGAUUCUUCAAUGUGGUCAUCACUGGCAGUGCAAAACCAAGUUUUUUCCAUGAUGAAAAUCGUGCCCAUCUUUUUGAGGUUGAGCCUGAGUCUGGGAUGCUUCUUAAUACUGAUAAUGGUACUCCUAUGCCUCAGGUGGGAGGUGCUUUAAGGCUACCAUUAAAGAGCCUGAAUAAGAGUUGUAAAGUGUUCCAGGGGGGCAAUGUUGGUCAUCUGCAUAAACUGCUGGGUAUAGAGUCAAGUUCACAGGUUCUUUAUGUUGGGGAUCACAUAUAUGGAGAUAUUUUACGCAGUAAAAAGGUUCUAGGAUGGAGAACAAUGUUAGUUGUUCCAGAGCUCGAGAAGGAGGUUGAAUUCCUUUGGGAAUGUAGGGGUACCCGCAAGCAACUUCGACUGUUGAGGAAUGAGCGUGAUCUCAUUGAAGACAAAAUACAUCAUCUGAAAUGGUCUCUCAAGUUUGAAGGUCUUAAUGGUGAUGAGAAGGAAAAGCUAUCAUCUGAACUAGAAAAGUUGGAGUCUCAAAGAGAGAAAGUUCGUCUCAGUCAUCAACAGUCUCAGCGAGAAUGUCACCAAAAGUUCCAUAAGGUCUGGGGACAACUCAUGAAGACUGGCUAUCAGAAUUCCCGCUUUGCACAUCAGGUAGAGAGAUUUGCCUGCCUCUAUACGAGCCAAGUAACCAACCUAAGCCUAUAUUCCCCUGACAAAUACUAUAGACCAAGUGAAGAUUUCAUGCCCCAUGAAUUUGACAUCCUAGCUUAGUGAAAAGGUCUUCAAUUGAACAUCAUGCGAGAUAUGGCUAAUUUGAGGAAGUGUCACUAAUUGUUUGGCUGUUGGGAGAUAAUGAAAGUGGAGUUUUCAUUGGAGAUGUAUUUUGUUUUGCUCUUUCAUUCUCUAGCCAUAUGUUAUGUAAUUGAAUUGAUUGACCAUAGAAAUGUCAGUUUCUUGUUUGCAGCAUUUUGUUUAAAUGUUAUAUCUUGCUUAGCAAA